UGGAGACAUCUCUCGAGACCACAUCGAGAAUCAGCGCCAAAAGUCAAGCUGCUAUCCGCAUUCACCUUUCCCCUCCCAAGCAUCUGGUGCACCAUGGUUGCCCUCAACAUACUUUUCGCUAUCAGCUUCUGCUAUAUUGUUGAAGCAGCACCACCGGUUAAGCGGGCAGCCAAUCCAACGGUCACUGUUCCUUCACUUGGCACUGUUAUUGGGACUGCAACAAGUGUCAUUAAUCAGCCAACCGUAACUGGCUUGGUCAAUGCAUACUUGGGUGUUCCCUUCGCUAGCCCUCCAGAGCGGUUCUCUCCAGCAAGCGCUCAAAGUGCGUGGCCGACUCCAAUCGUAGCUCAGAUAUCUAAGCCGGCUUGUAUUCAGCAAUUCUCUGGUACUGCCGCUGAUCAAGCUUUUCUUGAGUAUCUGUACGAUAAUCCUGGAGGCCCGCCUCCAGAAGAAAGCGAGGAUUGCUUGUAUCUUAAUAUUUUCGCACCACAAGAUGCCAGCUCUAGCAAUGCAAAAGCAGUCAUGUUUUGGAUUUAUGGAGGAGCUCCCCAAUUCGGAUGGGAAGGAGACCUCAUUUACAAUGGCAGCUCGCUGGCCGUGAACCACGACGUGGUGGUAGUGGCUUCAGGAUAUCGUAAUAAUAUCUUUGGCUAUCCCAACUCGCCAGAGUUAAGUGUUGCUGAAUCAAACCUCGCAUUCCUCGAUCAGCGCCUAGCUCUCCAAUGGGUCCACGACAAUAUCAAUGCUUUUGGUGGAGAUCCAGACCAAGUCAUGAUCUUUGGAGAGUCUUCAGGUGGCUAUGCUGUUAAACAGCUGCUAGCUCUCCCUCCAGAUCCUCUCCCUUAUGCAUCAGCUAUUAUGGAAUCCGAAGCUGCAUCUGCUGGAGCCAAUUCUACCGGAUGGGACGCUGUCGCCGCAGAAUUUGGAUGUACGACUGCGGCUUCCCAGCUCGAAUGUAUGCGUGGAAUAAGCGCUACCGAAAUCAAGACGUACAUAUCAGACAACUCGCUGAGUUUCUUGCCGGGCUACGAUGGUGUUACGUGUGCGGAUUCCAGUACUAUUGAUGCUGCAAUUGAAGCAGGUACCUUUGCUAAGGUGCCGUUUCUCAUCGGUACAAACUCCAACGAAGGCACACCGUUUGUUACAGAAUUAGAUCCCAGCAACGGUGCAACCGUUGUAGAAAUCGUGUAUGAAGUUACUGGACUCAACAUUUCACUCCUGGUGGAUGCGCUCACUUCGAUUUACGGCUCAGGCAUCAUUGAUACCGUCAAUGUGUUCGCUAGCCAGGUAAUCACAGAUCUAGUCUUCACCUGUCCAACCGCAUCACUCUUUACCUUAGCUGCAAAUAAUGGAUAUGAUGUCUGGCGCUACUACUACAACGCAGAUAUUCCCAACGAACAGAAGUUUACCAAUGCAGGCGCAUGGCACAGCUCUGAAAUUCCUCAGGUCUGGGGCACUUACUCAACCGUUGGGGCAACCACUGCUCAGAUCCAGCUCAGCAGUUACAUGCAAGGCGUCUGGUCUGGAUUCGCCAAGAAUCCUUCUGCUGGCCCUGGGUGGACGAGAUAUGGGACAAGCUUACUAGGUCUUGAGUUGGGUGUCAUCGGAGGGCUUGCAAAUCCGACGGGCGAAGUGACUGUGCUCACUGCAGUGGCGGAUUAUGCAUGUGUGAUUCUUGAUACUCUUGAUGAACAAGCUGGACUUUCUAAGAGAAAAGGAAGAGGGCUGUAAGUAGGAGAUCAUCGAUAGUUCCAACGAUGUAACGAGACGAUGACGUAGGAACGAAGGU